UGAAAUAUUCCCCAUAGCCCCAAAAAUUCAAAUUCUCCCUCCCUCGAACCAAAAACACUCAAAAAACCAAACCCUCAUCCUCCAAAUGAGAGGCGCAAACCCCAAGCGCGGCCGUCCAACAGACUCAUUAAUCCCGCAACCAACACCAGACCACCACCGCCAAUUCACUUCACGCGACUCCGAUGCAAGUUUCGCCAGCAGCCGUCCGUCGACAAUCGGAGCAACUCGGUUCUCCGCCGCUGAACUAUACACAGACCGAGCCCAACAAAACACCGCAGUUCGCGCAAUCAACUCGUAUCUCUCAUCUCACUCUUCAAGCCACGCGCUCCGCACGCACCCAAUCUCCUCUGCCAAAGAAAUAACCGACACUCUUCAAUUUCUACUUCACCAGUUAGAUUUCCCAGUCACCAAACUAGAAGAUGAUUUUUUCAUCAUCUUGAAGUCCCUAAAUUGCCCUUUCAAAGUCAAUAAAUCUACUCUCCGUGCCCCUAAUACGCCUCACAACUGGCCUGCCUGUCUUGCUUUAAUUCAUUGGCUGGUCCAAAUUUGUUUGUAUACAGAAUAUUCAAGUGUUAAUUCAAGGGGGUUUGUGCAAAGUAAUAGUAUGUUUGUUUAUUUCUUAGAUACUUAUUUGAACUUCUUACAGGGCGAUGAUGACGCUGUGGAAGCGAUAGAUAGGGAGUAUUUUGAGAAGUUAGAGAACGAGAGAGAUAUUGUGGCUGAUAAUGUUAGGGUUUUGGAGAGUACCUUUAGAGAAUUGGAAGCAAAAUCCGAGGGAUUGAAAGUGGGGCCGACCGAGAAGGAGAAAUUGGAGAGUUUGAGGAAUGCGUUGGAGGAAGAUGUGGGGAAGUUCAAUGCUAUGAUGGCGGAGUUGAAUUCUAGGAAUGAGGCUUUGAAUAGGGUUUUGGAAGAGAAAAGGACUGAAUCCGAAGUCAAAGUUGAGGAGAAAAAGAGGAUUGAUUCCGAGAAUGAGGAGCUGAAGAAGAGAGUUGAUGAGCAGAGUAUUAAUUCGAGGGAUGCAGAGAGGAUGAAGAGAGAGUUGCAAGCUGUCGAAAGAGAUAUAGGUGAGGCUGAAGGGGCGAGGAAUUCGUGGGAAGAGAAGACUUGGGAUCUUGAUGCCGAAAUUGGACAUAAGAUUAAAGAGCUUGAGACACUUGCCAUGGAUGCUAACCAAGCUAUUAGGAGAUUAAAGCUUGGCUUUCAGUACAUGUUGAAUACCAAAGGAUCUACCCCAGCUGAAGUUAUGGGGGUUGACUAUAGAUCUGUAGUUAAGCCUGGACUUGCAUCCUUUGCAGAUGACGUAAGAAAAAGCUCUAUGGAAAAAAUGGAAGGUUUAAUCUCACUUCAACGGGAGUCUUCAGAAUUGACUGCUAGGGUUGAGGCUAAAAAUAAGCGUCUUGCUGCUCUUCAAUCUCGUAUUGAUGAUGUGGAAGCUCAGUUAAUUUUGUUGAGAAAUGAAACAGAGGAAUUCACCAACAGAUGUGCAGUGGAAGCUCAAAAGCUGUCGCAGGAUGUUCAAAUGGAGGCUCAUAACUUGGAUGUUUUGGAAAGAGAAGCCGCAGAUUUUCUGAAGGCGGGUGAAGUAAAGUUGCAAGAAGCAAUGAAAGAAACUGAUGAAGAAAUUCAGAUAUGGGCUCAUGAACUAUUUGCAGUGGUAGAUACAGUCUCAAAAUAUAAAGAACAUAUGGUGUCGAAGAUCUCAGAUAUGAAAAGCAAGCUAUCAGAAACUGCUGUUGCUGUUUCUGAUAUUUAUAAACUUUCUUUGGCCUCACAACUUGAAAGAAAUUGUUGAUAUGAUCAUGGUGAUCAAUCUUUUUUAUUAUUUUGUGUGUAUUUUAAAGUUGUCUUUGCUUCUGAUCUAUUUUUAUGGUUCAGCUUUUUGGUGGAA